AUGAAAAGAAAAAAUGAAGAUAAAGAUGAGGAUUCAGUAUCUUCAGAAGAAGAAGAAGAAAAUAUGGAAGAAAAACUAAAGGAAGAAGUUCAUGAAAAGAAUCAUUCUGAUAAAAAUAAAGAAAAUACUAGUGAAAGUGAAAAUGAAUCGGAUGAGGAUGGUGAUGUUGAUAUGUCAAACAAGCCUAAACUUGAAAACGCUCAACCAGAUAUAAAUCCAAUUUCAUUAGAUAAUAUUUCAGAUAAACAUACAUCUGUUCUAUCAAGAUUUCAACAAACUCUCUCAUUACAAGGUAAAAUAGAUGCAUCAGAACUGGUAUCAGAAAAUGAUGAUAAAGAAGACAAGAUAGCAUCUGAAUAUAUUCAUGAUUUGAGUCAAAUACCUCAACCUGCUAUUGUAAGAGACAUUACAACUGAAGAGCGUAAAGCCAAUGAUGAACAUAACUCCAAAUCGAUGGCUUGGAUUAACACAACAAAAAUUUAUUACGAUAACACAAUGGUGAAGCAAUAUGAUGCUUAUUCAAAUCAAUUACGCCCCAAACUAUUACAAAAUAUUAUUAAAUAUUACUCCAAAGAAACUUUUCCAAUUCAAACUAUAUUAUUGGACACAGUUUUACCCAUUUUAAAUUUUUCCUUAUCCAUUACUAAAAAACAUUUUACUAGGAGAGUUGGUGAUAUCUUAGUUAAUGCUUCCACUGGUUCUGGUAAAACUUUAGGCUAUUGUAUUCCAAUAAUUCAAGCUUUAUCCUCCAGAAAAGUUAAUAAAUUGAGAUCAUUAAUUAUACUUCCUACAAAAUUAUUAAUUAAUCAAGUGUUUGAUACUUUAUCUAAAUUGGCUGAAGGAACAAGUUUAAUUAUUAGUAUUUCUAAAUUAGAGAAUUCACUAAAGGAGGAGCAUCAAAAGUUUCUAAAACAAGAACCAGAUAUUUUAAUAAUGACACCGGGUAGAUUAGUGGACCAUCUACAAUUAAAUUCGAUUAAUUUAAAAAACCUUAAAAUGCUAGUUUUAGAUGAAGCUGAUCGUCUUUUAAAUCAAUCAUUUCAAAAUUGGUGUUCUGAAUUAAUGAACAAGAUUAAACUCGAAAAAAAUGAUAAACUACCAGGUAAUAUAAUUAAAUUUGUAUUCUCAGCUACAUUAACUACAAAUACAGAAAAAUUAAACAAACUUCAAUUUUAUAAGCCUAAAUUGUUUAUUAUGGAUACUGUGAAAUUAUAUAAUUUGCCAACUACAUUACAAGAAUUUAACAUCAAUAUCCCAACGGCAAAGAGUGUCUAUAAACCUUUAAUUUUGUUGCGUCUGUUUGCUAACUUGAAACGUUCCAAAAUUUUAGUAUUUGUCAAAUCGAAUGAAGCCUCUUUAAGAUUGGCAUCUUUGUUAAAAAUGAUGAACGAUAAGAAUUUAAUUACUGAAACCCAAGACAUCAGCUCAAUUAAUUCUAACAAUUCUCGUACGGAUAAUAAGAGAUUAGUAAAUGCAUUUUCGUCAACAAUUGAAAAUUCCAUUAAUAAAAUUUUAAUCACCACAGAUUUGAUAUCAAGAGGUAUCGAUAUCAAUGAUAUUACACAUGUUAUAAAUUAUGAUCUACCAAUUUCCUCACAACAAUAUGUUCACCGAUGUGGUAGAACUGCCAGAGCUGGGUCUGAGGGUCAGGCUUAUAAUAUGCUAGUUGGUAAAGGUGAAAAACAGUUUUGGACUCAACAAAUCGAUAAUGAUAUUAGUAGAGAUAUUGGAGGUUAUACUCCCCAACUAUGGGGCCAUCCAUCUGGAAACGCAACUGAUGAUAAAGACGACGAUAGUGUGGAUUCCAACGCAUCUAAAAAAUCAACAGCACUUUCUGAACUACUGUCUAUAUCAAAACAUGAAGACGAAAUAUACAAAGAAUGCUUACAGACUUUAAAACAACUAAGCUUAGUAAAAUAG